UACAAGACACCAUCCCGGGGAAAUACAAAUAUAACUGCCGAUCUCGCCUUGACAACUCACUAAUGGCUAUCAGCAAUAACAAAUUGCCAACCCCACCGUUUUGUUCUGUCCAGGGCUCUCCUUACGACGCCCAUACAACGGGGAUGACCGGAGCCAUCAGCUACCACCCGUACGGCAGCCCUGCCUACCCCUACCAGCUCAACGACCCCGCGUACAGGAAAAACGCCACCCGCGACGCCACGGCCACGCUGAAGGCCUGGCUGCAGGAGCACCGCAAGAACCCCUACCCCACCAAGGGCGAGAAGAUCAUGCUGGCCAUCAUCACCAAGAUGACCCUCACCCAGGUCUCCACCUGGUUCGCCAACGCCCGCCGGCGGCUCAAGAAGGAGGAGGAACAAGAGUGA